AUACAAUUCUUCGUUCGCACGCACCCUUGUUUCAUAUUACAUGUUCUGAGAACAAACAACAUUAGAAACAGAAAAAAAUAAACAUGCUUUUCAAUUCGAUUCAGUGGUGUCAUCUCACUCUGAUUCUUCUCAAUGCUUUGUUACUUUUCACUUCUUCAUUUGAUCUUUCUUCUGCAAAUGAUGAACUAAGUAGCACUGAUGGUUUCGCCACUGUUUCCAGCUUCAGUUACCCUCAAACCACUCUUAGACCCUUUGAUUUUCGUUAUAUCAGAGUUGAUAUACCGCCUUGGUUUUCUGCAGUCUCCAUAGCAUUGAAUUCAGAUGUAGACCUUGAUGUUGCGAGAAUCGAAAGGGUUCCAAAAAAGUCACUGCCAAUAAUAUGCUUUAGAGAUGGCAGUCCUCCUCUACCAGAUGCUUUAAACACAUCUCUGAAAUAUUCAUCUGUCUCAGGAAUAAAUGGUCUUGAUAUUGAGCAGUGCUUUCCAAUGGAGAAGAAUAUCACAAUGAAAUUGACUAAUGAGUUGAUAUCUCCAGGUGCUUGGUACAUUGGUCUUUUCAAUGGCAUUGGAGCCGCGAGAACACAAUCAAAGAUGAUUAGUCGAGGCACAUCGUACACCUUUAGUGCCAAUAUAAGUGUGGAAGCUUGCAAAAAUUCGAUGAUGAGGGGCGAGUUCUGUAACAGUACCAUCAAUCCACUUUCAUGUACAGCAUCUGAUGUCUAUGAUUCUUUGAAGGCUACAGUGAAGAAGCUAACAAUGGAAAACGCGAUGACCUGCAAAAGUAACUUUGAAACUUUUUGUGUUCAGGAAGGCGUACCGAACUUAUAUUCCUUGGAUAUAACAAAUGCCGUAGAAGAAUUGACCAUUAUGGCAAGGAAUAUCAAAUUCAAUAUUACACCUUCAGUUAAUACUUCUGGUGGUGCAAGUGAUGUUAAUUUAUUGUGUUUUGCUCGCCACGGCGCAAUACCUGCAAAUAGUUUGUACGAUUAUUCCAGUGAUUUAAAUAAAUCCCCUCUGGUUAUUCGUUCUCCACGGAUCGGUCGUUGGUACAUUAGUGUAUUACCAGUUAAUCUUACAAAAAAGUUUGGAGAGGCUAAGGAUGGUAAUGUAAAAGUUUGCUAUUCCCUUGAAUCACAAAUGCUUCAGUGCCCAUUUGGAAAAGCCGGACCAAAUUGUACAAUGAGUAGCUACACGCUUCAGACAGUUCUAAGGAGAGGUUCAACUCCCUUCGAAUCAUAUUAUUUGCCUAUAGGUGAAGGAGCGUCAUCUGCCAAUUUUCCUCUCGAGCCACUUUUGAACAACUCGUCAAACGGAGGUGAAACUAACAACAUUUGGACUUACUUUACUUUCGACAUUCCUCGUGGUGCAGCUGGCCGAAAUAUUCACAUACGGCUAUCCUCAGAUGCAAAGAUCAGUUACGAAGUUUAUGCAAGAUUUGGUGGAUUGCCUUCUGUUGACAUCCAGGACUAUUAUUAUGCUAACAAGACAAUGAAAAGUGAUCAAUCCGUGUUUUUCAUGCUAUAUGAUUCGAGCGACAAAAACAUCGAUUUUUACAUUAUUUAUGCUAGAGAAGGAACUUGGGGUUUUGGUCUAAGAAAUGUUAACACUAGCAUUGAUUCUUUGAAACAGCAAACUAUCAUGUCUAUUUCACUCGAAGGAUGUCCGAAACAAUGCUCCUCUCACGGGGACUGUAAAUUUUCUUUGGAUGCUACUGGAUUGACGUCUUACAGCUUCUGUUCUUGUGAUCGAAACCACGGUGGCUUUGACUGUAGCAUUGAAAUCGUAUCACAUAAAGAGCACAUACUUCAAUCAAUUUUUCUCAUUGGAUCAAAUGCUGCAGCCAUACUUCCUGCGUAUUGGUCCCUUCGACAAAAGGCAUUUGCAGAAUGGAUUAUAUUCACAGCCAGUGGAAUAUCAAGUGGACUAUAUCAUGCGUGUGACGUAGGCACGUGGUGUGUAUUGAGCUUCAAUGCUCUACAGUUUAUGGACUUCUGGCUCUCUUUCAUGGCUGUGAUUAGCACUUUUGUAUACCUAGCUACCAUUGACGAAGUAUAUAAGAGGACAAUCCACACAGCUGUUGCUAUCUUCACUGCUCUCAUGUCUGUAACUAAUGCAACCAGGUCUUCUAAUAUUGUUCUUGUGAUUGUGAUUGGUGCUCUUGGUCUUCUUAUUGGAUGGUUGAUAGAAAUGUCGACAAAGUAUAGGUCCCUUUCCUUUUCAUUUGGAUUCUCGACAAAUUUCCUUCAAAGUUUGUUAACUAUAAAGCUAUGGUUCUAUAAUCUUGUCAAGACACUUAUGAGGCGGUUCCAUUGGGGUUUUCUAUUGGCCGGGUUCACCGCAUUAUUCAUGGCAGGAGUAAGUUGGAUGCUUGAAACAAGUGAGAGCUAUUGGAUUUGGCAUAGCUUUUGGCAUGUUACAAUAUACACAUCUUCUUUCUUAGUCCUUUGUUCAAAAGCAAAUAUUGUUGAUGCUGAAACUCAAGUACCAAGAAGUGAAAACUAUGCACUAACUCGUCAGGACUCAUUUUCAAGAGAAUAAUUAAGAAUAACAUUAUAUGGAGCUGGUUGGUGCAAAAGAGAAAUGGGAGGUAUAGUUUGAGUUUUUUAUUUUUUGGAGUUCAAUUUUGCUUUAAGGUGGUUAUAAAAAUCUAGAUUGCAUCUAUAGAACAAGUGAAAGAAAUGGUUGAUGGCUGCUAACCAAAAUUAGAAAACAACAAAGCAGUCUCUUGUAAAUUCUUUUUGUCUUUCUCAUAUUCAUUUUAGGAUAUAUAUUACACCUUUUUUUUCUCUAUGUCUCUAUGCAAUAUAUUAGGAGAAUGAAUCAAACAAGGCAUAGAUUUAGUUACCAUAGUAUAGAUGAAGAGCUAAAGGUUAUGAUCAUGUUUGCUUUUGGACUUUUUGGCAUGUAACUAUAAUUUUGGUUAUUAUUUUAGCCUUGGAAUUGUAUUAUAUGAAGAGAUCUAUUGGUAAAAGCCAACCAAUAUAACUGGAUUAUUCUUGUUA